UGUUAUUUUAUUGCGAAAAUAUUUACUCAUUAUAAAAUAAUAACAAUAUUGGUCGUUUAUUUAUGUAUUUUUCUACCUCUGCACAUGAAAUUGUGUUUACGGGAGACAGGGCGAGUGAAUGAACUUCUUUACUCGCAGCGCGUGUAAGAAUCUCUCGGUUCCACCUUUUUUUCUGCACCGGUCUCUCUUCUUCGGCUCCUCCUUUUCCUUUUUCUCCUUCACCUCCGUCGCCAUUAAACGAAGGAAGAACUUUCUCAAUAACAAUAAAAUAAAAAACUUUUCUUCUUCCCGUCAUCUUCCUUAAUCUCCCGUGUAUUCCAAACCCUAAUUCUCUCUCGCCAUUAGUUAACAGAUUCUUUCUGCUUCUGUUUCUGUCUCCAACAAUCGAGUUCUGGGUUCUGCUCUCGGACGGAGAACGAUGCUGCUUGGAAGGUGAGAAAAUUUCUCGGUAGAGGAAGAAGCGAGAGAUAACUAGAAGCGCAAGGUUGAAGAAAAAGUAAACAAAAAAUAAAAUAGAGUAUAAAAGAUGCGAAUCCUGUGCGAUGCGUGCGAGAGCGCCGGCGCCAUCCUCUUCUGCGCCGCCGACGAGGCCGCCCUUUGCCGCUCCUGCGAUGAAAAGGUUCAUUUGUGCAAUAAAUUGGCAAGCCGACAUGUAAGAGUUGGUUUGGCUGAUCCCAGCCAUGCUCCAAGCUGUGACAUCUGCGAAAAUGCACCUGCAUUCUUUUACUGCGAGAUAGACGGUAGUUCUCUUUGCCUGCAAUGCGACAUGGUUGUACAUGUCGGUGGUAAGAGAACUCAUGGGCGAGUUCUAUUGCUGAGACAGAGAGUCGAGUUUCCAGGGGACAAGUCCGGCCGUGUAACUGAACCGGGAUUGCAGCACAAGGAGCAGAAUCGGGCAAGGGAGAACUCGCCAAACCAAAACAAGUCUCCUGCUUGCCGACAAGAACCAACCGCAGAUGCCCAGCCUGGAAGAAAAGUAGAGAACAAACUGAUCGAUCUGAACGCCAAGCCCCAGAGAAUACACGAGCCGGCAUCAUAUAACCAGGAGCAAGGCAUCGAUGUAAAUAAUAAUCUCGAAAACGCAAAUGCCGUUCAUGUCGGACCCUUUAGAGGAGGGCCUGAAAAAUGAACAGGUGUUCUUACACUUUGAGGGAUCGUUAAAAGCCAUAUGUUUGCGUUACACAGACUUGUUGGAUCUUAAUCUUUAGGGUAUCUUUCUUCAUGAGGGAAGGGCUCUGUUCUUCUUCCAUGUUCUUGGUUUGAGUUGGUAUUAGCUUUAAUGAUUUUUUUUCCAAUGUAAGAUCUGAACAGAUAAUUUUUUUUUAUUGGAAUCUUUAUUCUUUUCCGAUUGGUUCAACGAAUGGAUUUGUGGA